AUGAAGGGGGCAGGGUGGAUAUGCGCGCGGGCGUGGCUCUGCGCCGCCGAUAAAAUCAAGGCAGGCCAUCAGAAUCGGUUUCUGUUGGCCAUUGACAGAUUGGAUAUGAGAGUGGCUGGCCGCUCCCACGCGUACAACAGCGUCAUCGAGGCCUGGAAGGAGACCCCGGAGGGGUUGGAAUUACUGGUCAAUGACUCGUCUCAGGAACUGCGCAGUGUGAAUCUACUGCUGGGCCUGCCUGCCUUGCAUCUCUACCCGGACCUGAAUGUCCUCGCAAUGAGAGACCCACAUGUUCUCUAA